UGGCUGCAGCAGCUGUAGCCACUUCUUUUUGCUGCCAUGUAGCAUAUUCUGCCAAUGAUUGAGUUGUGGCAAGGGACUUCUCAGGGGUCCCAAGGGUCCCAAGUGCUGCGAGAAGAGCUGGGCGCUGGUGGCGAGAGGGUGGAACUCCCCCCCUGCAAGUUCUGGCCACCCGCCGAGGAAACCGCAGUGCCGGUGGUAGCUUCCAUCGUGGGAACCCAUCAGCCCGUGGCUUUCUGGAAUGAGGAUCUGGGGCUUCAUCCACUCAGUCCUCUCUGGAAUGGGGUCUCGAAGAUGAUGAUACGGAAUGUGCCAGCAAGAACCUCGCAAUCCGAGAUGGAAGAUCUUCUGCGCUCCGUGACAGGCGACUUCCGGCUUCAGAUGCCGAGGUCAUCGGAGCGAAAGUGCAAGGGUUAUGCGUUUGUUGAAGGCGCGCCGGGGAACAAGAGCCAAAGGGUCAGCUCGCUUGAAGUUUCAAAACCAAAAAUCCGGCAAUGA